GCAGCGCGGCGAGGACUGCCAUUCUUCUCAUUGCAUUGCGGCCAAGCGACCAGCUCGCCAGCACAUGCGCCGACGCGGCCCACAGCAGCCAACACACACAGUACAGUACAGUACAGCACAUCACCGCUCCGCGCCGCCGCCGCCGCCGUGUAGAGAACUGCGCAGGCCGCAGCUGCACGGCGAAUCCGGCAUCCUCCGUCUCGGUAUACCAGCCUGCUAUAGCACCUUCCCUGUUGUCAGGCGCAUCUGUAACGUCCUGCCUGGAUUAUCCCGACCUCUUCCCUAGCCGCGAAUCGUAAUUCGGCCGCCGUGGAAGCCUACCGCUACCACCGUCAACACCACCACCACUCUCUCUGCCGUCGCCCCAUUGACCGUAUGCGAGCAUGAUCUCGACAAGCAGCCCUACACGACAGUCCAUCCAUCCUGCGAGCCCCCGCGCACGACCGUGUGCAUAACCCACCGGCCCAGCGCCAGCCCAGGACAAAUGGCAAUACAUCGCGGCAUCCAGUCCGCUCUUUUCUACUACUUAUCCUGCGCACCAUGCGCGGACUCACGCUACCGCAAGAGGCGCAAACGCGAGGCCGCGCUUUCCCGAGCAGAACGUCUUGCCUUGGAGACUGAAGAGUUCAAUGCAUAUCGCCAUCCCGGAGAGCCAUCGUCGACAAAUCCCCAUUGGCAGAGCGAGAUCGAGCUGGGCCCAACGCUUGUACGCCGAGGGAAGAAGAAGGUCACGACUGCAGACAGUCAGAGAGGCCUGCAGCCGAGCAGAGUUAGCAGCAACACCAGCAAAGAGCCGAGUCUGGCAGACCUCGGAUACAGAAGUGGCAGCGAUGCGAGAGCCGAUAGCAGGUCGCAGUUUCGUGUGCAUCAGAGGGACGAUGAGGAUCUGUGGGGCUCGUCAAGUAUGCUGGAUGGAUCCAUGUAUGCCUCGAGUAUACGAAGGCCGCCUACGGCAAGGACCGCUGCUUCAGGAUCCAGCAGGUAUCACGCCACCCGCAAUCCUGCUAUCAAUGAUAUGCAUCCACCCACUGUAACCAAGGUCGACAAGCGUGAGGACGUGAUGUGGAUGAUGCAGCCAAUGCCAGUCGCUGAGGUCAUGAGCGGCAAAGAACGAGCGGCCAGAAGCAGAAGCGACAGUGGCGCCAGCCGCCUCAGCCCGUGUUCCACAAACCUCUCCAGGCAGGUCAGUACCAAGAUCAUCGAGCAAAAGUUGAGGGCUGGCACACCUUCAGCAGCUGCCAUGUCUCGUGAGGGCUCGGCUCGAUCAGCCCAUAGAGCCAACGAGCAGAAACAUCAUACUGGAGCUGAGCACGAUUUACCUGCAAUUCCACCUGAGCACAGUCGACAUCUCCCUCCUUCACGGAUGCACGAAGAGCAAAGUGACGAAUCAUCGGAAACAAUCCUGCGGAAGCCGGAACUUGCAGCCGUCCGAUAUAUACGACCAGAGCUCUCACCGGUGCUUUCCGAUACUGGACUGCCAUCAUCAGCUCGAUAUCUUGCACCAAAGGAGAAUAGUCUGCCAACUCCGCCCUCGUCUAGCGACGGGACCACCGACAUUAGAGACAGUCUUGUCCGUCGCUCCACCAUGGCUGUCAUCGACAAAUCGGGAGCUGAUAAAGCUCGCCACAAGCAUCAAGAAAGUGAGUUGAGCAUACGUCCCGAGCUCUUUGACAGCUGGUAUACUCCCGAAUUUGAGUUGCCCAAAUGGGUUGCCGAACAUACCAAGCGGGAAGUACGACAGAGAUGGAGUAUGGACAUAUAAUGUCAGCACUUUUCGUUGCAUGUAUUGCAUUUGGCUCUGAAGCGUUCUAGCGUGGCGUUCAAUGGGGGUUUUUCUUUUUCCUUUUUGAUGGAGUUGAUAUGUUGUGGAGAGCACAGGGAACAGAAGACCUUGGAGAUUGGAAAUUGGGAUGAUGCACAGACGCACUUCCAGACAAGAACAGCCUAGAUUGUAUAUAUUUAGAAAAGAGCAGGCUUCAACACCUUGUUGAACUUUGCAAGCCCAUUCG